GUUUGUGACACGUUUCCGGGCAUCCUUUUUUCCCUCGCAUGCGGCGCCGGGUGCGGAGUUUUAGACAGCCAUGGCCCAGCGGGUCUGGCGUCAGCGGACCCUGAAGCGGUGUCUGGACGAAGUGGGCAAAAACACAGGCCGGCCGGAGUGCUUCCUUACGAUUCAAGAUGAAUUGGCAUCAAACUUCACUUCUUUAACAAAAGUACUCUAUGACUUUAACAAAAUCCUAGAGAAUGGCAGGGUCCGAGGAAGCCCUUUACAGAAACUGGUGAUAGACAAGUUUGAUGAUGAGCAGAUUUGGCAGCAGCUGGAGCUGCAGAACGGGCCGGCCUUACAGUACUUUGAGAAUGCAGUGAGCGAAGCCCUCAACGAUGAAGACAUCAGUCUUCUCCCAGAGAGUGAAGAGCAGGAGGACCAAGGGGACGGCUCAGAGAUGGAAGCUGAUGGCCAGGAGGACCUAGAACGGCACGUGCAGGAGGAGGAGGAGGAAGGGUCAGACCUGAGUGGUGAUGAGCCAGAAGGGGAGGAGACAGCCAAACACCCCAGCAAACGUGGUCUGCAGGAAAGCCCAGUUUUCAGCGAUGAGGAUUCCGAUCUUGACUUUGACAUUGGCAAGUUGGAACAGCAGAGCAAGGUGCAAAACAGAGUGCCUAGGAAACCCAGAGAAAAGUCCAUAGUGGAUGAUAAGUUCUUCAAACUGUCCGAAAUGGAGACCUUUUUAGAAAACAUGGAGAAAGAAGAGGAGCGAAAAGACGAUGCUGAGGAGGAAGAGAUUGAUUUAUUUGAAGAUGUUGACUCGGAUGAAGAUGAGGGAGGGCUGUUUGGAAGCCAGACACAAAAACUUAAGUCCAGUAAAAGUUCCAGGAACCUGAAAUACAAAGAUUUCUUCGAUCCGGUUGAAAGCGAUGAGGACGCAGCAAGUGCUCGUGAUGAAGAACCGGGUUCCGAGGAAGAAGAGGAGGAAGUUGCUGAAGAAGGAGGAGACAGCGUGUCGGAAACGGAUGAAGAUCAUGACCUUGAAGAAGCUGAAGACGACAAACCACAUAAAGAAACCUCGAAAAGAGUGACCUUUGCUUUGCCAGACGAUGAGGACAUGGAAGACACGAAAAUCUUAACUGCGCAGAAAGAUUCUGCUGAAGUGAAAUCCUCUUUUGAAAAAAGGCAGGAAAAGAUGAAUGAAAAAAUUGCAUCGUUAGAAAAAGAGCUGUUGGAAAAAAAGCCCUGGCAGCUGCAGGGGGAAGUGACGGCACAGAAGCGACCGGAGAACAGCCUUCUGGAGGAGACGCUGCACUUCGACCACGCCGUCCGCAUGGCUCCUGUGAUCACGGAGGAGACCACCCUUCAGCUAGAAGACAUCAUCAAGCAGAGGAUCAGAGACCAGGCGUGGGACGACGUGGUGCGGAAAGAGAAACCUAAGGAGGAGGCAUACGAGUACAAAAAGCGGCUGACGCUGGACCACGAGAAGAGCAAGCUGAGCCUCGCUGAGAUUUACGAACAGGAGUAUGUCAAGCUCCACCAGGAGAAGAGAGAAGAAGAAGAAAACCCCGAGCACGUGGAGAUCCAGAAGAUGAUGGAUUCCCUCUUCUUAAAGCUGGACGCCCUCUCGAACUUCCAUUUCACCCCCAAACCGCCUGUCCCCGAGAUCAAAGUCGUGUCAAAUCUGCCAGCCAUAACCAUGGAGGAGGUCGCCCCAGUGAGUGUCAGUGACGCAGCCCUGCUGGCGCCAGAGGAGGUCAAGGAGAAAAAUAAAGCUGGAGAUAUAAAAACUGCUGCUGAGAAAACAGCGACAGACAGGAAGCGAGAAAGGAGGAAAAAGAAACAGAGGAAGCAUAUGAAAAUAAAGGAGAAGGAAAAGCGGAAGAAACUCCUGGAACAGAGCAACCCGGACCAGGCAGGGAAAUACAGCAAGGCCGCCGCUGCUGAGAAGUUGAAGCAGCUGACCAGAGCGGGCAGGGCUUCGCUGUUGAAGGACGAAGGUAAGGACAAAGCCUUGAAGUCAUCUCAAGCAUUCUUUUCUCAAUUACAAGAUCAAGUGAAAAUGCAGAUCAGCGACGCCAAGAAGACGGAAAAGAAAAAGAAGAAACGACAGGACAUUUCUGUCCAUAAAUUGAAGCUGUAAUAGACAUUGACUGUGAUGUAAAUAUGAAUGCAUAAGUUUAUAUCCUGCCAGGGUUCUGUUUUAUAAAUAAAGACUUUGGGAACUUU